UGUGUUUUUUGAGCUGUGUUGUAGUUUUUAUAUCUGUCUGUGUAAAGAUAUUGGUAUAAAGUUAGGCUUUUUCACAUGUGAUGAACUGAUGUGUUGGGCAAGGCUAUAUGGGUUCUUUAAAUGAUGAGGUGGUGUACAGACAAGAAGGGUCUAUAGGCUCGUUCUUUUUUAUCAAAGUUGAUCGAAAAGACGAGAGAUUGAAUACUUAUAUGAGGGGAAAAGACGUUGUAAUAGGGAGACAAAGAUGUGACCAACCCGAGAGAGAGAAAAAGAGAGUCGACUUUUUGGAACUUGAAACAGUGGCAGCUAGUAGUUUGGUUGUGGAAUUUCUCACAUUUCUCUUCACUAUAUAAAGUGUUUUGCACUCUCAUCUUGCCUUGGUGAGGUAUAGUUCUCUAGACCUUGCUCUAUCUGGCCUUAUCGAUAAGAAUUCGAACUCGAACUAGAGGCCUCAAAGGGGAUAAAGAAGAGGGUGUAUCGCUGUUGCAAACUCGACGUGACAGAUGAGGAUAUUGAGUUGGAUGCAAGGGAAGAAGACUAAUGGCAGAAAGGGGAGCAAAAGAACAACAUCAAAUUCAACCAAGGGUGAGAUGGUGCACAGAACUCUCCCUGAAGAAUUCAGCAGCUGGCCUCAUGUGUUGCUGGCGAUUGGAACGUUCGGAGACGAUAAUCUGAAUCAAGCACGCCCAAAACGGUCUCAGGAGAAUCCAUCAUCUUCCCUGGAACAACAUCUUCAAGAUCUUACACCUGAAGAACUAAACAUACUUCACAAAGAGUUCAAUCUGUUAUUGGAUGAACACCUUGAGCAAUCGGGUCCAUCCUUGGAAUUUGAAGUCAGCCAGCAUUGUCCAUCAAACAUAUUUCUUACCAGAAGCUUCGAAUCCGAAACAUCAAAGAACGAACUAUUUUACGACGAGCUGAUAAAGAAGAGCGAUAGUUUCCAGCAUGUCAUACUCAGCAAAAACAAAGAUGCAGGUACGGGAGCUCACGACACUACAGUCAUUGGCAAGAGAACUUUAUCCUUCCUUCUCAAGAAGAUUUUCGUCUGCGGAGGUGGUAUCGCACCCGCUACAGUUGCUCCUCCUCCGAGAAUCAUAACUCUGGAGUCGAAAAUGGAGAAGAUGUUGAGGACAAUACUCCAAAAGAAGAUAUACCCUCAAAACUCCAAUGUCAGAACAUCAUCUAUGAAAAAGUACCUGAAGAGGAAAAACAAGCAAAAAUAUGAAAACGAAAACGAAAACGGAAAGAACGACAAGAAGUGCGAUGGAAGUAAAUGGGUCCAGACUGAUUCUGAAUGUCAGUAUGAACAAUAUAAUCAGUAUCAACUUUCUAGUUCCAUCAGGUACACAAAAUUCUGACUGUUUGUUUCCAUUUCUUGUGCAGAUAUUGUUUUAGAAAUCUGAGAAGCUACCACUGCCAAAGGAAAGAUCACAAGACAUCACUUUCUUGCUUGGUUGCUUGAUUGUUUGUUCAAAUGUUUAGCUAUUGUUCUUAUCUAACAGCUUGGAGGAAUUGAAACUGAGCUCAAAUUUAUCCUUUAAGAAACACUCUCGAAUAGCUGGGGAUGUUCGUCACAAUUACAGCGUCUGUUAUAUAAACUCACUCAGAAAAGCAAAAGCUUUGUCUUA